AUGUCCUGCAUCAACUACCCAUCCAACUAUCGUGUAAUUAUGGAAUCCAACGCGCCGAGUAAUGUCGAUCAGUUCCCAACAGACGCACGACCAUUAUCGUCCGUACAGUGUUCGUGUCAACGUUCUUUCCAGCAGCCCAACCAUCAACUGCACCAACAGCAACAGCAACAUCAAGCCUAUCAGCAGCAACACCAAAGCCACCAACAAACGCCGGCACUACAGUUGGGAACAUGCCUGCAUCACCAGGCUGAAGAACAAGCCUCGGCGAAAAGCCAAUCCAGUCCACAAGAAUCGCAAAAUUCGCAAGCUUCCACUGGAACAUCGGCUGGACCGUUCGGUAAAAGUUAUUACCAACGUUCCACGUCAGAAUUGGGCGGUCAGUUAAGUUACAGAUGUCCCUUCGAAAUUUCCAUAUCAUCGGCGCACUCUUCGUCAAAACCGUCUUACGAAAUACGUUUGCCAAGUGGCAUGGCAACUAUCAGCUGUCCCGGCCGAAACUCGACAAGUGAUGAAGAGUUCUAUUCCUUAAGUUCAGCGUCAUCAGAACAGGAUGACUGCAUGCCAAGAAGCAAACCAAAAUAUAAAAAAGAAAGUGCCGCAAAGUCAAAGUUUAUGGAUUGUGACUGUGAUUUUGCUUCUCCUCUUGAAAAGAACAGCCCUAAUGCGUUUACAAGUCCUCCUCGAAAUGUUGCAAUACUCGAGCUAUUGCGCGAAAUUGUACAAUUAGUCAAUCAGGCGGACGAGAGUGGCACUGGCUGCGGUUGUGGUGUUGCAUCUACGAAAAUCCGUAAUAUUGGUGCCCUUGGCUCCGAAGAAGCGGCAGCGGAUAAUGGCCCAUUCGGUUCCGAAUUUAAAAUUACAUUCAAUCCUAAUCGCAAAGGCAGCAGUCCAAACGCAUCGUGCGCUCAGAAAGAAAUGUCCGAACCACAACCCCUAGGUGAGCCCAUUAGCAUACCAUUACAGUUACCUUGCAAUCUUAUCAUCACACCCAACCUACUGACCUGUGCACCUUGCCCUCAUGCACCGAUUGCGGCGGCACAAACUCCAGGCCAACUGCAAACCGCUGCACAAUCAGCAGAACCUUGUAAGCCUACAGCAAAGCCACAUACGAAAGAAGCAACUGCGAAGGACUUUUGCAGUUCGAAAACAAUGCCCUGCAGUUGUAUUGGAGAUCUCGAGUUGAUUGAGGAGAUAGCGGCUUUCGCGCUAGCUGCCGAUUGCAAAACUCGCACAGAACCAUCUAGUCAGGCAUGCGAAACGAAUGAUCAGUUUGGAGCUGGUGCAACGUUUGAACCGAGUUCCAUGGUAUGUAACAAAGCUUGUCCCGAAGAAUGCAUCUGUAAUCAGCCCUGUAUUUGUCCGGUACAUGGUUUUUACAUGCCAGCGGCUACACACGGCGAAUCGUCAGCUGCACGUGACUGUUCCCAAACGAUCGAUGAAGAAGAGUGUGAAUACAUGGACGGUGAGGGUACCGGAAUAGUUACGGAACCCAGCCAGUCGAAAACACAUAUGUUUACCGCGCCAUCAGCUACAACUAACGGUUCGAGAAAGAGCAGCGAAUGUACCUGCUGUCAUUGUCAAGCGAUGCGUGAUAAACAACAUUGCACCACAAUUGCGACUACGGAGCAGUCGCUCAACAAAUCUAGCUGCAGUGAGUUGAAAUUCUUUAUCGAUUCUAUUAUAAUGGACCUGGAUGCGAUGGAGAAAGCGCGGCGUAAGAAACAAGCCGAACAGAACAUCACUCCAACACGUGCUAGGACCUGCCCACGUCAAAGUUUCCCCGUCACCAUCACGGAAGUUUCUGAUUUAGGCGCUACAUCGUUAUACGUUAAGUGGGUAAUCCACGAUUGUUACGGAAUUGCCGGCUACGAGAUCUACGUCGAUGGUUACUUGACGAAUCGCUAUUUUCACUGCAAUCACGAGGCGGCUGUUGUGUGCGACGUGGAUGUGACGAAAGCGCAUAAAGUCGUGCUGGUGGCACAGCCUAAACAAGUCGACUGCAAUUGUGGCGACAGCACGGAAAACAGAUGCAAGGAGUUGAUGCGCAAAAGCGAUGCUGACAAAAUGAAUGAAACUGCUGAGUCAACUGCGGCGCUGUGGAUGCCCAGUAUUUAUCUGUACGAUCCAUGCGACAAAAAGGAUGUGCCGCCUAUGAAUAGGGGCAUCGUAUGAUCCAUAGUUGCGCUUAUGCUGUAAAAUGUAAAAUGUCCAAUGGAUUUGUAUGGGUUUGUGUGGGUGUAGUACUGCAUUAUGCUUACGUAUAAGUAACUGUUGGCUAAACUUUAAAAUCUGGUACUGCGAAUUCGCGUUGGAGUUGUGGUAAUGAUGCAAUGCGAAAUUAUGAAGCAAACAAAGAAAAACAAAAUGAACGCGCGUAGGCUGAAAUACUCACAAGAAAAAAAAAAAAACAAAAUAAAACAUAAAAGCUUGGGGAACAUCUUAAAAAUUAAGCUUUUAGUUAAAAUUUAACGCAAGAAAAAUAUAUAUGAAAUGCUAGUCAGUGAAAAUUGAAAGUUAAAUCUAAAAUAUCACAAAUCCAAAAUUGGGCGCAAACGAAUAUUCGUUGUAAAAAUGAGAAAUGAAAGCAUAAAGAACACAAAAAAAAAAAAUAAUUAUUAAAAAAUUACAAGAAACUGCAAUGAGCAAAGCAAUGCGCAAAGGAAAUUCAAAUGUAGCAAACGUACGAUUGAAGAAAAUAACUAACAAACAAAAAAUACAAAAAAAAAAAAAAUAAAAA